AGCAAAUGGGUCCAUCGAUCCACUGUGAUUGUGUGCAUAAAUCAAUUGCGCAAAAGUGAAGCCUUUACCUCAAUUCUCUUCACUUCUCCCAACCGGCUCUCUCUCUCUCGAAAUUGUAAUCAAAUGUAGAAAAACGUACCUCUAAUUACACUUCGUCACUCGGGUCAGUUGGAUUUUUUUCUCUCUUUAGAGUAUCGAUUUGGGAGAUGAACAAAGAACGUCCACCUGAGCCUCUUGAUUUCUUCAUCUGGACCGUCGAGGAUGUUGGUUUAUGGUUGGAGGAGAUAAAUCUGGGUAGUUACCGCCAAAUAUUCAAAGAAAAUGGUGUCAAUGGAGAAUACUUGGAGGGCAUGUCCAUGUUCACAACUGAACAGAUACUUCGGUUUAUAAGACGGUGCCACAUGAAAUGGGGUGACUUUAUCACCCUUUGCAAGGAAUUGAGGCGAAUUAAGGUUGCCUGCUUGAAAGGGGAGCAAAAAGUCCGCAGGCCUUGGUGGGCUCCACGUUGUCUAUCCGGAGUCUUUGUCAACACAGCGAAGCGCAACAGGCAGGCACGUGUUGUUUCCUUGAAGCUGGAACCUUGAGGAAACUUAUGCUGCUGAUGUGUAUGUAUUUUUGUUUAUUCUUUACCUUUUUUUUUUUUAUUAAAGAGGGGAACAGAAAAGUAGAAAAUAACUUGUUGGUUCUCCAUGAACUUUGUUUAACAUGCAACCCCUUCUAUAUAUUUGCUUUUGUUGGUUUUUAUAGUAACUGGUUAUUAUGUCUUAAAUCUGUGUAAAAGAAUGUAACGAUUAAUGAAAUUAAAUAGUUUUCUGUCAGUUGUGAAGAAUUUAGCUCUUGGGUUC